UCAUGUGAUUGACUGUUAGUUUGAGUAACUGUGUGGCAGUGUCGCAAUAGCAGUUACGCAUGUUUAUUUUACCUGGACUUUUAUCAUUUUAGCAAGAGUCUUGGCUAGGUUUUCAAUUAUUAUACCCAUCCAACUGUAGAAGUUACAGUAUUUAGACGAGCGUCGAGUUUUUAACAAAAAUGUCUGAUGACCAUCUACUUAAAGUAACAAGCAAUGGAGAACAAGCAAGCACAGAAACUCUCUCAUGUUCACAGACUGAUAUGGGAGAAACUAGUCCCAUCACUACAAUAUCAGAAUCCACACCUCUUAUAAACUCUAGUACACCAAUUAAAGCUGAACACCAUGAGCGUCAUGGCACUAUACUCUCAUCCAUCUUUACUCUAGUAUCCACAAUGAUUGGUGGAGGGGUGUUGUCUUUGCCAUUUGCCUUUCAACAAGGUGGUUUUGUUAUGAGCUCACUGGUAUUAAUAUUUGUGCUAAUGGCAUCAACACAUGGAGGGUUUCUCAUAAUCAACAGUAAGAAGUAUUGUCAAGGACGCAUCAAGAAUGUGGAGGACGUGGGACGAAUUGCAUUUGGAUACAAAGGAGAGGUUCUGACUCAGCUGGUACUGAUAGUCACUUUGUUUCUGUGUUCUGUUGCUUACUGGAUUCUUAUUACUGACCAGUUACAACCAUUGUUUUUCCUCAUGUGCGGUCCAAACUCAUUUUGGGCGAAGAAGAUUGUGGUUCUUACAAUUCCUGUCCUUGUUAUAUUUCCAUUCACGUUACUUAAAAGUAUGAGUGCUCUGAAGUUCACCUCUUUCCUCAGUGUCUUUUGUGUAAUGUUUCUCGCUGGAGGGAUAGUGCACCAAUCAGUGGAGUCCCACAUUGGCGGAAGGAUUACUCGUCCAGACAACCCUGUCAAAUGGUGGCCAAAAGACUUGGGUGGUUUUCUAACAUCAGUCUCAAUAACGGGCCUGACAUUUGCUUGUCACUUCAACAUUCUGCCUAUGCACAGUGAGCUACGAUAUCAAACAAGACAAAACAAAAGAAUCAUUCUGUACUCUGCUAUGGCGAUAACCUAUUGUCUGAAUGUGGUGGUCAGCUUUUUUGGAUUUAUGCAGUUUCGUAAAUAUGUCGAUCAGGACAUAACCAAGAACUAUCCUCAUGAUAACGUAGUGUUGACUAUUGGCCGGUGUGCCCUUGCUCUGACGCUGUUACUCAGCUUUCCUCUUCUUAUAUUCCCAUGCCGUGACGUCAUCAACAGGUUGAUCUGGAAAGAGCACGCACCGAUCCUUGCGACAGACUCUGUCUCCCGUACCAUGUUUCUCAUUUCUAAUGAUACUCUAUCUGGGCCGUCUCGUAUUAUCUGGCUUGCGGAGACAGUGUUCCUGGUCUUCUUCAGCUACGUUCUGGCGUACUAUAUUCCACAGGUCGCCAUGGUGUGGGGCUUCGUGGGAGCUAUCGGCACCACACUCACCAUCUAUAUCCUCCCGCCUGCCUUCUACCUGCGUGUCCGGCUACACCCCUCUCGCCCCGACCUGAAGCAAGUCGCCGCCUGGGGUCUAAUGCUGGUCGGAAUUCUCGUCCUUAUAGUCUGCACUUAUCAAUCGUUCGUAAACGUUAUCAACCCUAUACCCGCCGUGAUAUCCCACGCCACGAACAUUUCAGUGACUGACAGUUCGUAACCAAACAUCAGCCGAGCUUUAUCCGAUAGGAAUCUCAGUACCGCCCGGAAAAGUCAGUGACCAAGGAAAAGUAAUCGAAACAGGCCGAGAUAUCAGUGCAAAAUGUAUCUAGCAUCGAACGAAGUUUUCCCGAUAUACGUGUCUAGUACUCCCGAAGAUUCCAUUGCCCAAAAGUACUUACAACCGAACAUCGAUCGAAGCUUUCCCGAUAUACGUGUCUAGUACUCCCCGAAGAUCUCAUUGCCCAAAAGUACAUACAACCGAACAUCGAACGAAGCUUGCCCGAUAUACGUGUCUAGUACUUCCCGAAGAUCUCAUUGCCAAAAAGUACAUACAACCGAACAUCGAACGAAGCUUGCCCGAUAUACGUGUCUAGUUCUCCCCGAAGACCAAAAAGUACAUACAACCGAACAUCGAACGAAGCUUUCCCGAUAUACGUGUCUAGUACUCCCCGAAGAUUCCAUUGCCAAAAAGUACAUACAACCGAACAUCGAACUAAGCUUUCCCGAUAUACGUGUCUAGUACUCCCCGAAGAUCUCAUUGCCAAAAAGUACAUACAACCGAACAUCGAACGAAGCUUGCCCGAUAUACGUGUCUAGUUCUCCCCGAAGACCAAAAAGUACGUACAACCGAACAUCGAACGAAGCUUGCCCGAUAUACGUGUCUAGUACUCCCCGAAGAUUCCAUUGCCAAAAAGUACAUACAACCGAACAUCGAACUAAGCUUUCCCGAUAUACGUGUCUAGUACUCCCCGAAGAUCUCAUUGCCAAAAAGUACAUACAACCGAACAUCGAACGAAGCUUUCCCGAUAUACGUGUCUAGUACUCCCCGAAGAUCUCAUUGCCAAAAAGUACAUACAACCGGACAUCGCACGAAGUUUUCCCGAUAUACGUGUCUAGUACUCCCCGAAGAUUCCAUUGCCCAAAAGUACUUACAACCGAACAUCGAUCGAAGCUUUCCCGAUAUACGUGUCUAGUAAUCCUCGAAGAUCUCAUUGCCCAAAAGUACGUACAACCGAACAUCGAACGAAGCUUUCCCCAUAUACGUGUCUAGCACUCCCCGAAGAUUCCAUUGCCCAAAAGUACAUACAACCGAACAUCGAACGAAGCUUUCCCGAUAUACGUGUCUAGUACCCCCCGAAGAUCUCAUUGCCAAAAAGUAUCGUACAACCGAACAUCGAACGAAGCUUUCCCGAUAUACGUGUCUAGUACUCCCCGAAGAUUCCAUUUCCCAAAAGUACAUACAACCGAACAUCGAACGAAGCUUGCCCGAUAUAGUACUCCCCGAGGAUAUCAGCGGCACGAGAGUACUUACCAGAGUUCCUAUCGAAUUUCGCCCGAUAGGCUACUUAUAAAAAAUAACCAGAAUUAAUGUAUCAAGAGAAUUAAUGAAUCAAGAUCUUCGUCCGUAAUUUUAUGAAAGAUCCUUGAAUAGCUUGGAUAAAAUAGCUUAGUUAAAAUGAUUUUAUAAAUUUUAUCAAAAUGUAUUUCAGAUUCUCUAUAUUCUAAUAUUUAUAUCAUAUAUUUGUAUCAUAUUUAAUUUCAAUAAAUCUUUAAAAAAAAUGA